AUGAACAACCUCACCAUUUUCACAGAAUUCCUCCUCAUGGAUGUCACAGCCUCCCGGGAGCUCCAGGUCCUGCAAGGUGUGCUGUUCUUAGUGAUUUAUCUGGGAUCACUGAUGGGGAAUCUUGUGACUGUCACUGUCAUCGUGACAGACACACAUCUGCAUUCUCCCAUGUACUUCUUUAUAAGCAAUGUGGCCCUCGUAGACCUCGGCAGCAUCUCAGUUGUCGCUCCCAAGGCUGUAGUGAAUUCCAUGACAGGCGAUAAGACCAUAUCCCUGACAGGGUGUGCUGCACAGGUUUUCCUCUAUGUCCUUUUUGCAGCUGUGGAGAUUGCCCUCCUGGUGGUCAUGUCCUAUGAUCGCUAUGUGGCCAUCCGCCACCCUCUGCACUACAGGUUCAUCAUCACCCCGAGUCUGUGCUCCCAGGCUGUAGCUGGUUCCUGGGCCUCCGGUCUGGUCUACUCUGCUGUCCACACAGGAACCCUAUUCAGGCUUUGCUUGACCAAGACCAAUGUGAUCCAGCAAUAUUUCUGUGAUGUUCCUCAAAUUCUUAGCAUAUCAUCAUCAGAUGUCCAGUUUUAUGAAUUUGUACUCAUUACUGUAAGUGUUUCCAUUGUCUUAAUAUGUUUUAUAUCUAUGCUUAUAUCAUAUGUUAAUAUAUUUUCAACUGUGCUCAAGAUCGACUCAAAGAAAGUCCGUAACAAAGCCCUAUCCACCUGUACCCCUCAGCUGGCCAUUCUCCAUUUGUUUCUCAUCUCUGAGGUGGUCGCUGCCUUAGGUCCCACUGCAAAGAAACCAUCCCUUAGGAACCUGCUGACCGCCAUGUUCUACACCAUGGUGCCCCCAUUUGUGAACCCCCUCAUCUACUGUCUGCGCAACAGGGAGAUCAGUGCUGCUCUGAGAAGAAUGUUCAACAGAUAUUCUCAUCCCUCUCAGGGGUUUUCUUAA